AGGACACUACGCGCUUGCUCAGAACGCCAUUUCCGGUUCCUUCCUUUCCUAUUCCCCGGCUCUUGUUCCUAUUUUGCGUUUGAUUGGCCGAAAGGGACGGGGCGGGACCGAGCGAACGGGUCUCCCGGGUGACAGUAAGACAGAGGUGGCAGUGGCCUACGAGGGAGGUGAUGGCAGUGGCAACAGCGAUGGCUGAACGGGAGGCGGCGCCCACCCUUGAAUGAAGGGAGCUCACAGUCGCCGAGGGAAGCGGCUCGCCCUCGGCUUGGGCCGCGUGGCUUCUGUCCACCCUCCGCCCUGGACGAGGACUGGAAGAGGGCGAAAACUAAGUGGAGACCAAAUAACUUUACCAACUACGGUGGAUUACUCAUUGGUUCCAAAACAGUCAGAAGUAGAAGAUUGGACUUCAUGGGAUGAAGAUGCACCUACAAGUGUGAAGAUUGAAGGUGGUAAUGGUGAUGUGACCAGUCAACAAAAUGGUUUGGAAGAAAUAGAACCUGACUAUUUUAAGGACAUGGCACCAACAAUAAGGAAAACACAGAAAAUUAUUGUUAAAAAACGUGAACCCUUAAAUUUUGGGAACCAGGAUGGCAGUGCAGGAUUUUCUAGUAGAUUAGCAGCUACACAAGAUGUUCCUUUUAUUCACCAGUCUCCAGAACUGGGAGACUUGGAGACAUGGCAGGAAAACAAAAAUGCUUGGGAAGAAGAAGAUGCAUCCUGGCAAGCAGAAGAAGUUCUUAGGCAGCAGAAAAUAGCAGAAAGGGAAAAAAGAGCAGCUGAACAACAAAGAAAGAAAAUGGAGAAAGAAGUGCAGCGGUUAAUGAAGAAAGAGCAAAAUAAAAUUGGUGUGAAGCUGUCCUAAUGCCACUUGCGUUGGUCUCACCAUGCCAGAGGAGGGGAGAGAAUUCAGCUUCUAAGGCAUAUGCAUAAUUUUGUAUUGAUCCCAGUAUUUUUAGAACUCCAGCUCACUACUUACUUUUCAAGCCAUCUUGGAAGAGACAGUUCUUCCACAAAGUAUCUUCAACUGGACUGUUCAAAUGACAAAAGCAUCAUCCCAUUAAAACCCGUCAUGACAGGACAGUGUUUUUGGCAGAAGCCCUGUCCCCGUGCACUUCUACUGCAAGAGAUACUGCUGCAUAAACUCUUCAACUGCCUGUUUUGAAGCUAAAGGGGGGGAAAGGUGUAAAUAAUUGAAUGAUGGCAAUCUAUUAUUAUGCUUAUUACCAGAAAGGUGUGUAAUUAAAUACUUUUAAAGAA